GAUUCCAUCCGAGCGUUAUUGAGAGACGGACACAGUUGUUGUUGAUUUUGAACAUUGUUCUCACGUAAUUGAAAUUUUUCGUCGUUUUUUGUACCGCACUAGCAUCAAUUUUACUUGUAUUUCUUAUUCUUGAGAAUUACCAUCAACUGGACUCGUGCAUGGUGACUAUUUUAAACAUUUAUCCAGGUGAAACUGGCAAAUUAAACAUUAGAUUGCUCAAUGAAAGAAAAUCAUCAAGCAUUUGUCGAACAUCACAGGAACGAAGAAGACGACAAUGCAUCAGUGCAGCGUUUGUUGUAAAGGUUUCCCGAGUGCCUCUAAACUCCAGAGACACUAUCUCAUACACACAGGCCAAAAGCCAUUUACCUGUUUGGUUUGUGGCAAAGCCUUUAGACAAUCUGUACAUUUAAAGAAGCACUCCGAGACCCACACAGGGAAUUACCACAAUUGGAGUCCACCCACAGACAGUUUGCAACAUACUAUACCAGUACCUACAAACCCUGAUCCAUCUCUUGAGAAUUCUGGACAUGAUUUAAUUACAGAUACCCCACUGUUGCCUGCAGCAUAUUUUCAAAGAGAUGGGACCAUGGAGAGGACACCACCAGAGAUGUACACUACAGCCUCAGAGAUCAAACCGCAACCUGAACUUAUCCCACCUGCUGAUAAUGGUUUAUUUAGCAGCCAACAAAACACCCAGCCAGGAGGCCAUUUCUUCACAGAUUUACUGCAAGAUAACAUGAUCGGCUCUGAUGGAAUGGAGAACAGUGCAUGGCACACAGACGAUGUCUACACAUGUACAGUGUGCCUGAUGUGUUUUAGUUCCUCUCACCAGCUUCAGAGGCACUUACCAGUUCACAGUCAGCCAAAACCUUUUGAGUGUAACAUUUGUGGGAAGGCCUUCAGACUAAGGGCCCAUUUGAAAAUGCACUCUCAAAUACAUGAACGCAGGCCUACUGGAUUUUCUAAGACUAUCCCCAUGCUUGGGUCUCAGCAAAGCUCUUUCAGAGGUAGAAUGAGGGUGAACCACGAAUGUCCAACCUGCUCAAAAACAUUCUGUUCUCCAUCCAAACUAAAGCGUCAUUUUCUUACUCACACUGGCCAGAAGCCUUUUUCCUGUGAGGACUGCGGGAAAACAUUCAGGCAGGUGUCACACCUGAAAACCCACCUAUAUGCCUCGCAUAAUAAAUCAAAUCUCCAAAAUGUGUGUACAAAACAAAAAGAAAAGCGAAUAGAUGCUAGGAAUACAAAUGUAGAUAUGGAACUACAGUGUGAAAUAAGCGUCGGUGCCACGCAGCACCUGGACAAGUUAGAAAAGUCUUCGCUUCCUGUCAAAGUAGAGCCGAAUGCUAUUGGUACCAGUCAAUUUGAGUGUAGCAUUUGCUCAAAGACAUUCAGCAGUUCAAUUAGACACAGGCAGCAUUACAUGAUGCAUAAAGAAGUAAGACCCUUUCAGUGCCGUGUUUGCGGCAGAACCUUCCGUCUUUCGACCCAUUUAAAGAGGCACCAAGUCAGUCAUAAGAACCAAGAUGAAUCUCAGAACACAAGUCAGGUGGAUGAUCCAAGGAGUGCCGUGUCUGUGUCGAAGACUGAACAUGCUUACCAAAAUUCAGACAAAGGGAUGACUUCUCCAGAGCCUAAUGAAUCGAAAGCCCUUGAACUCAAUAUUAUUGUUAAACCAGAGCACUGGAAGCUGAAUAUGAAAGAUGAUAAAGACUUUCCAGUUUCCGCUCUGCAGGAACCUGAAUCAACUGCAACAUCUCACCUGAAGACGCCGGUAUUUGGUCAAACCAGCAGCCAACGUAAGAUCAGCCAGAAAGCAAAGAAUCAGCAACUGAACCAUCAGUGUCUUGCAUGCCUUAAAUGUUUCCCUUCUCCAUCCAAACUGCAGAGGCAUAUGUUGACCCAUACUGGUCAAAGACCCUUUGGGUGCCACAUGUGUGGGAAGCGAUUUCGCCAGCCAACACAUUUGAGGAUCCACUCCCACACUCAUCUGUGGUCCAAAAAUGGAAAGCAAAGAUAUGCUCCACGUUCUAGACCUCCAUCACGUCGAAUUACUGAACACCAAGAGUCUCCAGUGGGUGUCCAAUUUCAGGAAAAGCUUCCUGAAAAGCACAAUUCUGAUAGGAACGUUCACCUCAAGUCCCCUACAGAGAAACAGUCAGGUCAAGGCAGUACUUUUGCUUGUGAACACAAUGAAAGCAAUAGGAAAAUGCAUUGGUUUCAGCAUUCAACAUCCUCCCUAUCCAAUCCUCCACUCCCUCUCCAAAUGCCACCAGAAACAACACUGAAUCAAAGUGGCCACUUGCAAUUGAAAAAUCAAGCCAUGCCGUCAACAGGAAAAGUUAAUGAUGCCCCUUUCCUGAGUACAAGUCCAGAAUUGGCUUUGAAAGGUGCUGACGCCAUCUCUGUGGGGAGUACAAGCCAUACAAAACACCAGUGUUUGCUAUGUUUAAAAUAUUUCCCAUCUGCCUCUAAACUACAAAGACAUAACCUUGUACACACUGGCUUGAGACCAUUCCAAUGCCUGGCAUGUGGAAAAACAUUCAGACAGGCCACACACCUGAAAGUUCACGAGGGAACUCACAAGUGGAGACCCUUCAGACCUGCCUCUCGACAGGGAAAUAGAAUGAAAGUAAGAAGGCCGCAACAACUUCAGUACCCUAAAGUCUGUGUUCAAGUUCCUGUGACGAGUUCUAUGAAAGCAGAGCCAUUCCAUUCAAAUGAUGUGAAUGAAUGGAGACCAUUCCACGACAAUUUUGAGGAUACCUGUAAUAAUCAACCAAAGGCACAACAAGACAACAACAUUAACAGCACUUCGAAACAGUCCAUACCAAACAAGGUGACCUGUGCUAAAAGAAAAGCACACCUGUGCACGAUUUGUCAGAAGGGCUUUGACACUCCAUCGAAACUGUCUAGACACUUUCUCAUACACACUGGUAUAAGACCAUUCAAAUGCAGUUUAUGCACUAAAACUUUCAGACAGCCUUGCCACUUGAGAAGUCAUGAACGACGAACACAUGAGAUUAAAACAUGUAGUGAUGUCCAGGAUAACAGCACAUUUAGGGACCCUGACCAUGAAACUCUUGCCUCUGCUCAAGGAAAGAAACUGAGAGACAUGCCACAGUCCUACAAAGACAGUUCUGAUCACUGCUCAGUCACUGAUGAGAGUUUAGGUCAUUCUUCAGAGGCAAGAGACCCAAGGUUUGUGGCAAUACAAAACAUAAGCCUACCAGAUGAUAACAUGGAAUCUGGGAGUAGACAAAGCGAGGACUAUUGGUGCACUGAGUGUCACAGUAAUUUCUUGUCCCCAUCUGAACUUGCUACUCAUCUCAUUGUUCACAGACAUGCCCUAAACAAUGAGAUGACAGGUCAUAAUUCAUUGCAACAGGAAAUGGGGGCUCACAUGCAUUCUAUGCAAAUGGAAUUUCAAACCAAUCAAGUCAUAGCAGAUGCAGACAAUCAUAAUGUUAUCCAAAAUGAGAGGCUUGAUCAUUACUGGAGUGAACCAAUUCAAAUGUCAUUUCAGUGUGACAAAUGCAUCACAUCUUUUGAAACAGAAAGGGAUCUUCAGCUCCAUAAAUGUCACUCAAGAAAUCAAAUUGAGGUUACUCAGUCAAGCACAUAUCGGUGUGCAAUUUGUUUCAAGGAUUUCAAGACUCCUUCCAAACUCCAGAGACAUUAUGUCACCCAUACAGGCGAGAGGCCAUUCCAGUGUAAAGUGUGUGAGAAGACUUUCACACAAGCGUCUCAUCUAAAAACCCACCAGCGCACACACAAAUCAGACAUGGCCUAAACAGAUAUUUCUGUUUUUAUUGACAUAUCUAAUAUGAUUUCUUUCUCAUCUUUUCUCCGUUUAGUUUAAUAUGCCCACAUCACUAUUCAGAAAGGGCAAAAUUACCAUAUUAAUGAUUUAAUAAACUGCCUUGUGUGUAAUUGAAAUUAUUGUGAAAUUACUGUUGUGUAGCCAAGACAUUUGUGGAAUCGUAUAACAAUGUGCUUGUUAUUUAUUGGUUAUUUAUCACCUGUAUACCUGCCAUAAUUUGCUGUUAUUAAUCCAAGUUUUAGAUGACAUUCAGAACAAAUAAAUGUAUAAAUAAAAGUAUUUCUCUGCGA